CCAGACACUCACAGCACACAAGGAGCAGAGUGCUCUGAGUCCUGCGUUAAGCAGCUGUCAGAGAGUUCAGUUCCCUGAGUCCACUGAGAAGACGAAGAUGCUUUUCCUGCAGCUUUUGCUUGGGAUUCUGAUCCUGAACAUGAUUGAAGUGUCCAGCUCUCCUCUGUCCAGGAGCUCUAUAGUGGGUGGUGAGGAUGCGAAGGAAGGACAGUGGCCCUGGAUGGCUUUGCUUUUGGCAGCAACACUCGAUGGACAUCAUAGUCUAUGUGGUGGCUCACUGAUCAACGAUCGCUGGGUUCUCACCGCAGCGCACUGCCUUGAACACCCCUUGAAAUGGUGGGAAUCGAAAGUCAUUUUGGGAGACUUUCAGGUGCUGAAUUCCAAUGAGUUCCAGCAAAUUCACUCAGUGAAGCGGAUCAUCGUACACGAGAGCUACCACGAUGCCGAAGAAGGUGCUGACAUCGCCCUGAUUGAGCUGAACAAGCCCGCCACCAUCAACCAGUACGUCAAGCCUGUCAACCUGGCCGAGACCACCGACAACAUCACCCAGAGCUGGGACUGCUGGGCCACAGGCUGGGGCAACGUGGGGAACGAGGCUUCUCUGUCUGAUCCCAUGACCCUCCAGGAAGUCCGGCUCCCCGUCAUAGACAGCCUGGACUGUCAGAGGAUGUUCAGGAAUCACUACGUCAUCCUGCCAGAGAUGCUGUGUGCCGGAUACGAGGCAGGAGGCAAGGACACCUGUCAGGUAGGUUCAGCGCAGGAGGGGUUCGGAGUGCAACCGGAGCACGGGGCCAUCCUCGGCUGUCUCUACAGACCCGCUGGGGCUCGAGGGGAGCUGAGUCACUCACGACAGCCCUACCGUGACUUGUCCAGCUCUCCUCUGUCCAGGAGCUCUAUAGUGGGCGGUGAGGAUGCAGAGGAGGGACAGUGGCCCUGGAUGGCUUGCAUUACAUUCCCAAAUUUGUCCAGAGAAUUUUGUUUCUGCGGUGGCUCUCUGAUCAGUGAGGAAUGGGUUGUCUCUGCAGCUCACUGUUUGAAUAGACGGUCCACACAGAGGAGGGCUAUCGUUGUCCUGGGAGGGUACCAGCUAGCCUUCCCGAGCCAGAAUCAGGUAAUCCGCCCCAUGAGGAGAGUCAUCGUGCAUGAGCUGUACUCUGACGAGGCGCAGGACUUCGACAUCGCCCUUGUGCAGCUGGAAACGCCCGUGUCUCUCACCAAAUACAUCCAGCCCAUCACUCUGGCUCUGAGCACUGACAUCUUCACCCGACGCUCGGAGUGCUGGGCCACAGGCUGGGGGAUGAAGGAGGAGAAUGUGCCUCUGGAGCCCCCUCAGACUCUACAGGAGGUCAGGCUCCCCAUCAUAAACAACAGGAGCUGUCAGCGGUAUUACAACAACCUCAGGAGCAGCAUGAUGUGCGCCGGCUUCAGGCAGGGAGGGAAGGACAGCUGCCAGGGAGACUCUGGAGGUCCUCUGGCCUGUAAGAAGGAGGACGAGUGGGUCUUGGCUGGGAUUGUGAGCUUUGGAAGAGGUUGCGCUCGGCCCAACUUCCCUGGGGUCUACACCCGGGUCUCCAGCUACAGGACCUGGGUGCAGGAGAACAGUGGAGUCUGAUAGUUCUGCUGAGUCCUGGGGUCAGCACCCUCUGCUGGCACUCUCUUUCCCUGCAGCUUCUGCUUCUGAUUUUGUUUUUAAUCAAACUACAGUAAAAUGAGUCUGGAUACUGUGACACUG